AAGCCAAAAUGUCUUUAGUAGGAACAGAAAGACCUACCCGAUACAUAAGCCCCCAAAGUCUUCGACUCUUGGGAGAAGAGUUCAUUUGUGUUCGUGGUGGGAAAAAAUUUUGUUUUUUGCUUUUGAAUUUUUGAAAUCAUUGAUUUUCUAGGUACGCCAUUGUUCGGGAUAUGUAAUGAUAGAGUCACCUCAAGUGUAUAAUGACGAUCUGUCAGCUACCCCAGGAAGGUUUUGGAAACCUAAGUGUGGAACGUUGCCCAAACAUGAAGGGUUUCUUCCGUUUCAUUCAUUGAUCUUGAAGAAAUCUAACAAUUCAAAGAGGUGCAGUGCUUCAUUUCUCGGAGUUCUUCGUAUCCAUAAAUAAGAUCACGUAGAUCAUGAGAAUUUACUUACAACCUCUGCCUUUCGAAUACUCCAAACACUUCUCGUCAUCCCACCUCUCUCUUAGUGACCGAGAAUCAAGUACCUACUAGCUAAAAAAACAAAAGAAAAUGGUGAAGUGCUUUGAGGAAGAAGUUUCAAUGCCUCUGAGCCCUAUGGCUGAUUACUUCAGCAGUUCUUUGAUAAACGUAUUCGUUCUUGGUGUUUUGGAAUCUCAGAUUCCAAUUGAUCACUCAAGAGCCGAACCUCUGCUUAAGGACGCGUUCCUUCCCAUCUCCACGCGUUUCUCUUCUAUCUUGGUUAUGGAGAAGAAAGGAAAAAAAGGAUGGAAAGAAGUUGAUGUAAAUCUCCAGGACCACAUCAAGGUUCCCACUUUUCCCACCAUCGUGCCAUUCAAGUUAUAUGACAAAUGUUUCGACGAAUACAUGUCAAAAAUAGCUAUGGAACAGUUACCACAAAAUAAACCACUUUGGGAAUUGCACAUAUUUAAGUAUCCAACGAGCAAUGCUGCAGGAACUUUUAUAUUCAAGCUCCAUCAUGCACUCGGAGAUGGUUACUCUUUCAUGACAACCUUGCUUUCGUGCGUACAAAAUGCUCACGAUCCUUCAAUUCCUGUCAAAUUUCCUUCAAGCAAAAGAUCGAUGGAAUCGAAAAAUACCAACAUCAUGCUAAAAAUAUUGCCUCAAACUGUAUCCAUGGUAUUUAAGAGUGUAUUCGAUUUUGGCUGGAGUGUGAUGAAAGAUAGCCUGAUUCCAGAUGAUGAAACACCAAUAAGGUCAGGGCAUAAAGAUGUAGGGUUUCGACCUAUGACCUUCUCAAAUGUUUCUCUCUCUUUGGAUGACAUCAAAGAAGUCAAAAAUAAACUGAAAGUGAGCGUAAAUGAUGUCGUGGUUGGUGUAAUUUUCCUUGGAAUUCAACUGUACAUGGAUGCAAAGAAUCAUAAACCAAGCAGUGCAGAGAGUACAGCAUUGGUGCUGCUCAACACCAGGAAAAUUAGGGCUUACAAAUCAGCUAAGGAGAUGCAUGAUAAAGAUUCUGAAGCACCUUGGGGGAAUCGAUUCCAUUUCAUGCAUGUUCCGAUUCCCAUGUUAUGUGAUACCAACUGUUUCAACCCACUUGAGUUUGUGUUAGAAGCCAACAAAAGAAUCAAGAGGAAGAGAAAUUCUUUGGCAGUACCACUCACAAACGUGCUUUUGCACUUGUUGAACCAAAUCAAAGGCCCGCAGGCUGCUGCAAACUACGUAUACAAGAUAAUGAAUAAUACAAGUUUAAGCAUCUCACACAUGAUUGGACCAGUGGAACAAGUGGCUUUGGCUAAUCAUCCUAUCAAAGGCUUAUACUUUAUGACUGUUGGUUUAUCUCAGAGUAUCACGGUGACUAUAACAAGCUACAUGGGAUAUAUAAGAGUUGGAUUUGGAGUAGAGGAAGACUUCAUAGAUGAAUACCAACUCAAGUCAUGUUUCGAAACUUCUCUGGAGAUGAUGCUGAAAGCAGCUAAAAAUGUUGCUAUGGAAGCUAAAUUGUGAUAUCGCAUUUAUAAUUCAAAAUGUUUUAUUAUAAGUUUAAAGUCAUCUUGGUUGCGUUUAAGAGAAAAGGAGUACUGCCAAUUGAAUAAGAUCAAUUGACCCCUUUUCUUUGGAGUGAAAGGAGUAGGAACAAAAUAAAAGAGUAGUGUGUGACAAUGUAAAACAAAAUAAAACGUGAAAAGUAAGAAUCCCUAAGUGACCCGAUGCAUAUGUGUGCUAGUAACCAAUGUAUAUGGUGACUUACGUACCGUAUAGUUUCAGUUUAAGUGAACUACUAUGCUUAGUCUAAUGAUGGGAGAUUGUGAUAAUAUCCUCAUGUUGUAAGCUUGAAUUCCAGUGUUAUUAUUGUAAUUAUAAUGAAUAAAAUAUAAGUUUUAGUUUGAGUAC